GACUGGGCAUGCGUUUUCACCUUCAACGUCAAAGUUCACGUCGCAGUUCGCAAUUUUCCCCUGGUCACGCCUCUCAGCCGGCUUUAAACACCUUGUAAGAAUCGUCUUCCUUUCGCCAUGGGCGCUCCGCGAAAGCCUCCCUCAAAAAUAUAGUCGCGUGAAGCGUGACAAUAUUCAAGAUGGCGAUGCGACCAAAGCAUGCUUCGCAAAUACUGGAGCUCGAAACACCUUCAACACCGGACGAAUACGAUCAGCAGCCGUACAGCUCGUCAAGUCCGCAUGCAAACUCAGAUUCGCGAACGUCGUCCUCGCGGAUGACCAAUGGUGGUUCGAAUAUGCGUCGAGACGGACGGGCGGAAAGACCGCAAAUGCUGCGAGCAAAGAGUGAUUUCGGACCUCGGAGAGAGGAUGCUACAGAAAAUCAUGACGAUGAGUCAAAGAGUAGCGCGGAAGGAGACUUCAAGAUCAGGCAUGGCUUUGAGUCGCAACUGACUUCUGAGGAAUAUAACACCAUACUCAACUCUACGUUUUUCAUGUACUUUACCGACAAGAAGCACGAGACCGGCGGUCACCCUAAAGAAUACGACGAAUCAUACCCAUUACAAGAAUGGCGCACGAAGGACAGGUUGAAGACCGUGUCUGCAGUUUUGGCACUCUGCCUUAACAUCGGUGUCGAUCCGCCAGACGUUAUCAAGACGAAUCCUUGCGCGAAGUUAGAAUGCUGGAUUGACCCUACUGCGUCAAGUGGCGCCUCCGGACACACUCCCAUGAACCAGAUCGGUAAAGACCUCCAACAACAAUAUGAACAACUCAGCAUGCGCACGCGUUACAAGCUAUGUCUAGACCCGACCGUCGACGAAACUAGAAGAUAUUGUCAGACCCUUCGGAGGAAUGCGAGAAACGAGCGCGUCCUGUUCCACUACAAUGGACACGGUGUGCCCCGACCUACAUCCUCAGGCGAGAUUUGGGUCUUCAAUCGAAAUUACACGCAAUAUAUCCCCAUCUCUUUGUAUGAUCUUCAGACAUGGAUUGGCGCACCUAGUCUCUUCGUGUACGACUGCUCAGAUGCUGGUACCAUUAUCUCGAAUUUUAAUCGUUUCGCCGAAAAACAUGAGAGCGAGAACCUUGAAGCACGCCGCAGAGAUCCCAACAUCGAAUCGGUCGAUUUCAGCGACUGCAUACAUCUUGCAGCGUGUAGGGAAAGGGAAACAUUGCCUGUCAACCCUGACCUUCCUGCCGAUGUCUUUACGGCUUGUUUGACCACUCCAAUAGAGAUGGCUGUUCGAUUCUUCAUAUUGCAAAAUCCGUUACCUUCAGGCAUCACGUUAGCUGAUGCUCAAUACUUCUCCCAUUCUGCAGAGAAACUGGGCCGUGCUUCGGAACGAAGGACACCAAUCGGAGAACUGAACUGGAUUUUUACCGCCAUAACUGAUACCAUUGCCUGGAACUCACUGUCGAAGCCCUUAUUCAAAAAGCUUUUUCGUCAAGACUUGAUGGUGGCCGCCCUUUUUCGAAACUUCCUCCUCGCACAGCGUAUCAUGCGGGUAUAUCACUGCCAUCCCGUGUGCCAUCCUGAGAUUCCUCAAACCCACGACCAUCCUUUAUGGCGCAGCUGGGAUCUUGCUGUGGAGAUGAUUCUAGCGCAACUGCCUGAUCUUUUGGCGAAGAACAAUGGCGAAAAGGCAUACGAGUAUCAGCAUUCAAAUUUCUUCGCUGAACAACUCACUGCAUUUCAGGUAUAUCUUGACCGAGAUGCACAGGAAGGCAAGGUGCCAGAACAACUCCCGAUUGUCUUGCAGGUUCUACUGAGUCAGGUUCAUCGAUUGCGUGCAUUGGUCCUACUCUCGAGAUUCUUGGACCAAGGUCCAUGGGCAGUGCUGCUCGCCCUCAGCAUUGGCAUUUUCCCCUAUGUCUUGAAAUUGCUGCAAUCUCAGGCUAUAGAAUUGAAACCUGUCAUGGUCUUCAUAUGGGCACGUAUCUUGGCGGUUGAUCAAUCCUGUCAGGCGGACUUACUGAAGGACAACGGAUAUCAGUACUUUAUCAGUAUUCUCCAUCCCUCGUCUGCGCUGCCUGUGGUGAAUCAGGUUGAACAUAGAGCCAUGUGUGCAUUCAUCAUUGCAAUGUUUUGCAAAGACUAUCACCAAGGACAGACGGUUUCACUUAGUCCUGAGCUGAUCGAAAACUGUAUUACACACAUGGCUGACGUUCAUAAUCCACUAAUUCGACAAUGGUCAUGCUUAUGCCUUGCCAAACUCUGGGUCGGCUUUCCCGAGGCCAAAUGGGCUGGCAUUCGCUGUCUCGCGCACCAAAGGCUCUGUGAGCUCGUUUUAGAUGCUGUAUCCGAAGUUCGCGCAGCAAUGUUGUAUGCGUUAACCGCAUUUCUUGGUAUACCAGACCUCACACCUCAAGUCGCACAAAUCGAAGAGUCCAUUGCAUCAAUGGUUCUGGUAUUGUCAUCAGACGGUAAUAGUAUGGUACGCAAGGAGCUGUUAGUAUUCUUCUCGACAUUCAUCGUCCGAUAUAGAACGCGAUUCAACGUGGCUGCAUACGAUCAGCUGGUCGAAGAACGAGAUGAGUUCCUACGCCCAAGCCUCGGCAAGCCGGAUAACUCACAGGGUGGUCAGUCCACGAAACAGGACAAUGAUGCCACCAAAUCUGAAGGCGCAAGAUUUCAGUCUGUGUCCUCCAAUACCGUCUUUUCCGCCAUCUGGAAGCAAGUACUAGUCAUGUCGGUAGACCCUCACCCUGAUAUAGCUCAAAGUGCAGGUAUAAUCGUGGAUAACGUUAUACAAUCGCUUCUUGACUCACCCCUGGGUCCAUUCGCUGAGCCUAUUCUCAAAGAAGUUGAACACCAUAAUCGUCAGAAGCCACGGGUAAACACGACUGCUGCAGAGGUUCCUCCCGCGCCACAGCCGUCAGCUCCACCGAGCCCAACAAGACAAGACGGGUACUUUUUUGCAGGAAUCAGACGCACGGCAAGCGUAGCUGCCUCUCUGAAGAAUCUAGCUUGGGGUUCAACGAGUCAAAACACUUCGCCAAGUACCACCAUCAAGAUUGCACCACGAGGUACUCCAGACCGUCCUGGCCGUUCGAAGCUUCCCAGCGAUUGGAACCGGCCACCGGAUGAGAGAGAUCGUCCCCAUACACCGCAUUCCCACAUGCCUGCUAAAACACCAGAAACCCGCUAUUUUCGACCCAGAGACCUCAGUCAACCUGCAGAGUUACCUCUUCCAAGCACAUUUUUUGAAUGGUCUGUGGAAUACUUCCGCGAACCCCAGAUGAAGUCAAGUGAGGCCGACGAACCAGGAAGCGUUGACUAUAAUGAGCGCCUGUGGAGAAGGAAUCGCAAUGACAAGAUCAUUGCUGAAACGCAACCUCAAAAGGCUAUCGCCGGCAGCAACAAGUGGGACCGGUCUAAAGCAUUCUUCAAUAAUGUCUCGCAGCCGACCAAGAUGUGCUUUCAUCAAUUCGAGAACCACCUGGUCGUAGCCGACAAUCGUGACACACUGUGUAUCUGGGAUUGGGACAGACAGCAGCGACUCAAUAGGUUCUCGAAUGGCAACCCGUUCGACUCAAAGAUUACCGAAGCACGAUUUAUCAACGAAGAUGACCAGGCGCUAUUAAUGACAGGUGCAUCUGACGGUGUUAUAAAGCUAUUCCGCAACUAUGAUUCUGCAAAAGAAGUCGAACUUGUUACAGCAUUCCGGGCGUUGACUGAUUUGGUCCCCAGUAAUAAGAAUGCUGGGCUAGUCUUUGAUUGGCAGCAAAGUCGAGGUUCGAUACUUGUCGCUGGUGACGUCAAAGUGAUCCGUGUCUGGAACGCAGGGAGCGAGCUAUGCUCAACUGAUAUACCAGCUCGAUCGGGGUCUUGCGUCACUUCACUCACUUCUGAUCAGGUUGAAGGCGAAGUUUUCAUUGCUGGCUUUGGCGAUGGAGCCGUCCGCGUAUACGACCAACGAGAAAAGCCAGCCACGGCGAUGGUUAAAGUAUGGAAGGAGCACAAGCAAUGGAUCACCAACGUUCAUCUUCAGCGAGGUGGGCAAAGAGAGUUAGUCAGUGGCUGCAGGAGCGGGGAAGUCAAACUAUGGGAUAUCAGGAUGGACAAAAGUGUCAAAACGAUUCGAGCGACUCGUGAUACUUUGAGGAGCUUAAGCGUGCAUGAACAUGCUCCGGUCUUCGCUGUUGGCUCUGAGCGACAUACUGUCAGGUUGUACAACCUUAACACGGGGAGCCCACUCUCGUCCUUCGAGCCGUAUUCUGGAGUUCUCAAUCGGAAUCGAUCCUCGCCUAUCUCAUGCACCGCGUUUCAUCCUCAUCGAAUGAUGAUUGCUGGGGCUGCACUACACGACACGCAUGUUAAUAUUUACGCAGGAAACUGGGAAGGCGCUGUAUGAAAGCCAUAAGGCAACUUUAUUCCCCUAUCAACCCGGCCACAGCGACGGAGCAUCGAAUCUUCCUCUGCAUUGUAAGAUAUGGGAAUAUGGAGUCAUUUGUGAUACGCAUGGCUUCGGGCAACUUUGCAAAGGCGCAUGGACUUUGGAUUACGGAUUUAAGAUAGUCUAGUGGCUUUGACAUAAGUUCAGACUCACAAUGUCGAAAUACCUUGUACGCGUGUGGAUUAUUUUAUGAUGAAUUCUUGAUCUCGCUACUCGCAAAGAUAAAUAUGUUAGCCGACACUAUGAAAUUCGUUGCCCU